GGUGAAGGCCGAUCACUGGAGUUAAAGUCACCGUGGUUGCCACGUGAGCCGGUUGGAACUGGCCAGGGUUAAGCCUGUGUAAGAAAGGGACGGAGCCUGAAUGACCUUCUCCCAUGUGGGUUUCUCAGGUUCAGUGCAGUGGGAUAUCUUAACUCGUUUAGCACCCCCCAGGCAGGACACGUUACAGACUGUCAAUGUGCAAGUACAGUAUAACCGAAAAACUCGAGGAAGUCUUUCAGAGUGUUAGUAGUAAGGGAAUGGGGCUCUGUAGGACCAAAUCGUGAUUGCAUUCUCAGUGCACUUUGUUGCUGACAGCAAAUUGCAUUUAUAUAGCUUCCAGGAAAACGGCCAAAGGCACUUCACAGGAUCAUCAUCAGACAGAGGUUGAUCCUGAGCCACAGAUCGAGAUUUUUACAUAGAAGACUUAAAACUCAGAAAUAGGCUUUAAGCAGGAGAGGGAGGCAGAGAGGUUUAAGGAGGAGUCCCAGAUCUAGGGGCCAAAACUGUUGCAGAGAGUGAUGCUUGGGGAGGCUGAAUUUGGAGGUAUGCUGAGUUCUUGAAGGAUUAUAGCCCUAGAAAAGGUUACAGAGUUAAUGAGGUUAAGGCAAUGGAGGGACUUGAACAUAAGGAUCAGCAUUUAAAGUUUGAUAUGUUGAUGGACUGGAUGUAGGUCAUUGAACACAGUGAGUGCAAAUUAGGAUAUGGUUAGCAGGGUUUAUGGAGUUUGGGAGGCUGGCAGGAGAGCAUUGAAAUGGUCCAGUCUGGAGGUAAUCAAAAUGUCUUUGAGGGUUUCAAUAACAGACAGGGGCUGAGCCAGAUGAUAUUACAGAGUUGUAAGUAGGUGGCCUUGGCGACGCAGUAGUUAUGAGGUAGGGAGCUUAGUUUGGCAUCAGGCCACAGAGGUGUGAACGGUCCAGUUUGGUCUGAGACAGUGACUAAGGAAGGUGAAGAAGUCAAUGAGUGAGUGAAGUUUGUGGUGGCGGUCUUCCCAGUGUUUAAUUGGAGCAAAUUGCAACUCAUCCAAGAUGGGAUAUCAGGCAAGUAGACUGAGAACUCCAAGGCAGUGGGAGGUUGAGGGAGACUGUGGUGAGGUAGAGCUAGAUUUCAUCAACAUACAUGUAGAACCUGUGGUGCUAAGCUGGGAUUGCUCUUUCAUAGAGCUGGCAUAGUGAGCCAAAUAGUCUGUGUUGUAAUCAUAUAACGUACUGCUGCCUGUGAACUGGUAAAAAGAUUUAAGCCCAUCACGCAUCCUAUCUGCAGAUUCAGAACAUGCUCCAGAGCUAGACUGCAAAAUUCGUUGUCAAUCAAAAUUUGUUUUGCAAACAGUCUAACAGCAACCUCGACUGCAAUGAUUUGGUGUGAUUGUUUAUCUCUGAUUGUAAAAUUGGAUGUGGAGCCUAACAAAUAGCAAGGGUAGGAUCACUGUGGCUUUGGUUCUGUUCUGAUGACCACCCUAACAGAAAGAAAACUUUGAGGGUGAAGCCAGGAGUGCGAGCGUACAAGGUUUCUAUAACAAACUAAUGGCUCAGAGACAAGCGGUGCUGGCUGUUCAUCAAGCCCUCAAGAAGUGUUUCCAGGUCAUUGAGCAGCAACAAAAUUCAUGGGAAAGUACACUGACAGAAUGCCUUCCCCUCCUGAGCUCACUGAGUAACCUGGCGGAGCAACUCCAGGCAUGCAACAACGUGGUGCUUAAGAAUACUCCCUUUCAAGAAUUCCCUGAUCUGCAACUCCGUCUGAAGUACAAACUCACCCAGGCUAUUGAAAUCAGUUUGGAAAAGCUCGGUGAAAAAAUGAGUGCUUUGCAAAAGGUACGGGACACAACGAAUAACCAAGUGACAGUGUGCUUCCAAAUGUAUGAACAACAUGCUGAUGCCAUUGGUUUGACUGCAGUCCUUGAGCGCUCAUGUCUCUGUCCUUCUGUGGCAGACAUGUUGGAAUGGCUUCAAAAUAUCCAGCGGUUUUACAGAUGCCAAUAUCUAUCGAGGAAACUCUUACUUCAGAGUAUCAAUCCUGAUAAUCUGCCAAAUCUUCGGGCUCUCCCCCAAUCCUGGAGCAGUGUGUUGGAACAGAUGGAUCAGGACUUGGUUCGAGAUACUCUACUAAAAGUGACAUACUUCGUGGAAGCUCGCCAAGGCUCCUAGCAUGGCUGCACAUUUUGCUGGAACUGCCAGGAUUUCGAUUUCUAUUUGAAGCCAUAUGUUCUGAAAAGGGACAAUUCACCACAUCCCAAUGUGGAAUGUUGUUCAGGGGUGGUUUCCCCUACCCUGUGCACACUGUGAAUGUGGCCGAAACUAAUCCUCAAGAACGGGCUUAAUUGGUAUUUUUACCUCAUUUUCAGCCUCUAGAAAGGAAAGCCCAUUCCUUUGCUGAUAACACUAAGCUUUGAUAAGGUUUUAGGAUGUGGGGGGAUGUAAGCUUGCCCAUUCAACCUUGAAGGCGGCAAGUCAAUGUGGCUCUGAGAUAUGGAGAUAAGUACAAAAGGGGCCUCUUCAGCAGUUGUUCUGUAAGUAACUCACUAGUAUGUUACCUCAUUGUGUCUAAAAUCCCGUGGUGCCUUCGUCUGUAAAAUGAGGCUAAGCAGUCACAUGAUAGAUGCUGAAGUCCUCUAUUGGUUACAGUUUAAAAGGAUAACAUACCAUGAGGUUAAUCGAUUAUUAUAGUUUGAUUGUGUGUAAACUAAGUUUAAACUAAUACUUAAAUAUAAAUUUCCUUACACAUUCCCCAUCUUGAGGCUAAAAUGCUUAGGUAUUUGAUGCCUCACAUAACAAUUCUAUCAUUGUUUUUUCAGAGCAGCUCAGCUCAAAUCAAUGGUGUGCCUCCGAAACCUCUGGCUGAGGUGUCUCAGGUAGCAGAGUAUCAGUAUUAUCCUGGUAAUUGUCACUAUUUGUACUAGGACAAAUAUUGUGGACAGAGUUCUUAACCAUGGGUGUUGGCCUACAUUUAAAAUAAUUUCCCACCAGUGUCAGGCUCCUAAUUCUCUUAAUUCCUCAUUUUUUUUCCUCAUUGUUUUGUUGCAUCUUUAUCAAGUGAUUCUGAGAUGUAGUAGUUCUUUCUACUAUGGACCUCAAAUUUAAAGAUAGAGGGCGUAUAAGGUGUCCUAACUGAACUUUUAGUGCUUCCUCUUGCGUCCCAAAAUUAACUCAGAGUUUGGUGAUGUUAUGUACAGGUACUGGAAACAGAAUACUAUCCCCAAUACGUCUGAUCUAUGUAGGUUUAAAACAGAAUGUGGGUUUCAAAAUAGGACACCAUUUUGCUCCAUGCUUCAUGUGCAGGGUGUUAGUUGUGACACAGUAAAUUCACAUUUGUAAAUAUAAAUAGUUAGCAUGUUCCUCUUCCCACCGUUGAAUGUUCAUCUCACAAUUUGGUGAAACUUGACCUAAGGUAAACCCACGAGCUGAUUUCCCAGAGUCCCUAACAUCACACUGGCAGAUGUAAAUGUCUUGUCUUCUGAGCAACACUCAAGAUUGGACUAUCUCAAGUGUCGUUGCAUUGUAUUAAUAUAGCUGGGUGGGAUGCAUAAGAGACAUGAAUGUGCUGCUUCAGAAUUCCUAUAGAUUCUAUUCUGAAUGUCUCCCAUCAGGUUUCCUCAUGUGGGCAUGGUAACCACAGGGCCACAGGUACCAAGCCCCAGUGUGCCUGACUUCCCUUUACUAACUACGAAAGCCUACUUGUCAAGCUCUCUUAAUGUCACCGUAACCCAUGAACCAUUUACUAAUCCUGCUACCAUUUAUAAAAGAUUGUAUUAGACCAUUUUCCACGAUAUUAAGUUCAUUCAUUAAUUCUUAUGAGGAUCAAAUGUCAUUUCAAACUUGAGUGAGUCAUUGAAAAAAAAUCCCAAUUUCCACAGGACAAUUCCUUACUCCUUCACUCCUUGUCCCAUUAUUGUUCUUGAUCACUCUUGCUUUUCUCUAGCCCUUGAGUGGGGUGAUCUGCACAAAAAAAAAUCAAAUUUUAUUUUUGUAAGAUUUCAGUUUCCUGUUCCCAUAACUUGUGUUAGAAUUCAUUUUCCACUGUAACUAAAUAAUAUCAGCUUAGAUUUAUGCUCCUUUCAGUCUGACACUAACUUUACUUGUGACUUGGUGGGAUUUAGGGAAACAGAUAGAUUUACUUUAUGGUCAGACACACAAGCAGCUGCUGUGUCAUCUCACUGAAAGGGGUGCUCGCCUUCUCUCUUUUCAGCAUGGACCAGUACCUGUUGCCUGUAUGGUUAAAGUUUCAAAUGAACAAAAUUGGAAUUUAAAUUCAAAUGGCACCUGGAACUUACAAUAUCCCUUUUCAAUUAAAUUAUGGGUGACAUCAUGUUCUAACAUAUUGGAGCCCCAGCCCAGUGCAGCAGUGGUCUGCCCAGUCAUUUACAGUAAAUUGA